AGAGGCAGCCAUAGAUAUUAUCAUAACGUUAAAGCUUUACUUCUUCCUUUUCAUUUUCUUAAUUUAUUUUUUUAAUUUUUUCUUCUCUUUGGGAUUCAUUGCUAGUAAUGAGAAACUUUAAUCAGAUCCAUGAAAGAUAAUUUCAUCAAAUCAUAUUUAGAAACCCCAUUUUCCACAUCUAAGACACCCAUAAUUCCCCAAACUCCACUCAGAUCCACCUUCUUAUAGCCCCCAAAUUCCAUUUCCACUCAACACCCAGUUUUUCUAUCGCCCAAAUUAAGAUACCCAAAUCUUCAAAACCCCUCCAAAAAAAGAAAACUCAAUGAAAAACCAAUCGAAAUUAUUCACGAUCGGGCUAGUAUCAGCCUGGUACUCGUCUAACAUAGGUGUAUUGUUGUUAAACAAGUAUUUGCUAAGCAAUUACGGCUUCAAAUACCCAAUCUUCUUAACCAUGUGUCACAUGACGGCUUGUUCUUUGUUAAGCUACAUAGGGAUUGCAUGGAUGAAGAUGGUCCCAAUGCAAACGAUUCGAUCCAGGGUUCAGUUCUUCAAGAUCUCGGCUUUGAGUUUAGUGUUUUGUGUGUCGGUGGUGUUUGGGAACAUCUCUUUGAGGUAUUUGCCGGUUAGUUUUAAUCAGGCUGUCGGUGCUACGACGCCGUUCUUCACUGCCGUCUUCGCUUACUUGGUGACAUUGAAGAGGGAAGCUUGGCUUACUUAUAUUACUCUUGUUCCUGUUGUUACUGGGGUGAUCUUUGCCAGUGGGGGUGAACCAAGUUUCCAUCUGUUCGGGUUUAUCAUGUGCAUUUCGGCUACAGCUGCACGAGCUCUCAAGUCAGUUUUACAAGGAAUUUUGCUUUCGUCCGAAGGAGAGAAGCUGAAUUCCAUGAACCUCCUCCUCUACAUGGCUCCGAUAGCUGUUGUAUUUCUACUUCCGGCAACACUCAUUAUGGAGGAGAAUGUGGUUGGUAUCACCCUUGCUCUUGCCCGUGACGAUGUCAAGAUCAUUUGGUAUCUACUAUUCAAUUCAGCGCUAGCGUAUUUUGUGAAUUUGACCAACUUUCUGGUCACAAAACACACCAGCGCCCUAACUUUGCAGGUUCUAGGAAAUGCAAAAGGAGCUGUAGCUGUGGUGGUUUCAAUUCUAAUUUUUAGAAAUCCAGUCUCUGUUACCGGAAUGCUCGGAUAUACACUCACAGUUUUCGGGGUUAUACUCUAUAGUGAAGCCAAGAAACGAAGCAAAUGAGACACCGUUUACGUGCAUGAUAGUCAUAUAUGUUGGUUCCUUUAGUGCAAUGACGUCGACAAUGUUUAGAGGCAAAGUUUCAGUCAUAUGGUAGGCAUAUGAUGCUGCGAUUUUGCGCCAUAGAUAUUCAUUUACCCCUAGAAGUAUGGGAAACUGGUUUUUCUUUUGUAUCAGCAAUAGCUUUGGGAUUUUAGUGAAAGAAAAUUAGAGGAAAUACCACUUUAUGUUCAUUCUUUCAA